GUCACAACGCCGUUUCCGGUGCGCCAUUUUAGGCUGCAUGGCGCAAGUUCCACUGGGAAGAUGGCGGGUGAAAUCGGCGUUUGGUUAGUUUUAGCUUUUGGCCAAAUAAGAGUUUUAUGCCGAUAACUGUGGAACGAGUCGCUGCUGUUGGUUGUGCUAAAAGCUCGGCGGUGUGUUGGAAGCACCGCGCGUGAGGAAGCGAUGUCUGCUGAAGUCCUCAAACCCAGGCCGGUGGCUGGUGGAGGAAGUAAGUUAGGUGAACUGAUUGGGAAGCUCCAUGAGUACCUGGCGGCCGCUACGGAGGACAAAAAUGAACCUACUUUACCUGGACACUGGAAUGGAACUACGGCCAAAGAAUACCUGGAGCAGCAAGCUCAUGCCCAGACCGCAGAGGAGUCCAGUGGACCCUCCGAAGUGGGAAUGUUGUCGUCGGCUCGUUCAAGAAGGAAACCGACUGUUGUCACCAAACGCAGCGGGAUGAAUGAGUCGGACGCUUCAUCUGAGAGUGGAGCAGAGGAUGUGAUGUCUGUCCACUCCAGCGACCAUGACACUAAUUUCCUACCCAAAGGAACAGUGUUUGUGCUGCCAGAGCCAGUCUCCAAUGAAGCUCGUGAUGAUUUUCGUGGUCCAGAAUUCCGCAGUAGACGUGUUUACAAGCAGCACAGAGAUGGUGGUGACAGACGCAGAGGAGGAUAUGAGAUGGAGAGGGUAAACUGCACAGCUUGCGGUCAGCAGGUGAAUCAUUUCCAGCGUGACUCAGUCUACAGGCACCCUAUGCUUAAAGUUCUCAUCUGCAAGAGUUGUUUUAAGUAUUAUAUGAGUGAUGACAUCAGCAAAGAUUCAGAGGGGAUGGAUGAGCAAUGCAGGUGGUGUGCAGAGGGAGGCAGUCUGAUUGGCUGUGAUUACUGCAGUAAUGCCUUUUGUAAGAAAUGUGUCCUGCGUAACCUGGGGAGGAAGGAGCUGUCCACCAUCCUGGAGGAGGAGAGGAAGUGGUACUGUUAUGUGUGCAGUCCUGAGCCACUGGUGGAGCUGGUGUUGGCCUGCGACUCUGUUCUAGAGAGCUUAGAGCAGGCUCAAAAACGAGUCUCCCGUACUGAGCCAAACUCGGUCCGGGGGAAAGCUAACAAGGGUGGUCGUGGUGCGUCAUAUCUGAUGGGGGCAGGAGGUGGACCGGUGCCCUCUGCAGGCCUUUACCAGCGAAUGCAGCGGUUUGUAGAUGUUACUACAUCUUUGAGUCAUUCCUUCAAGGCAGUCGUUCAUAGAGAAAGAGAGGAGCAUGGAAACCAAGAAGAGAAGCAAGAGAGAAUUGGGCAGCUACGGAUGUUCCGUGCUGUACUGGAUGAUCUGCAAGCAGCUAACAGCGCGUUACAGGAAGCCCUGGACCACGAGCUGACUGGGUCCAAACGUGGCAGUAGAGUUGCUUUAGAUAAUAAAACAAAAGGGAGGCGUAGACCAAAGAAGGCAAUGUCAUCACAGAGCCCUGGACUCACAAAAGAGCUGGUGGUCAAACUUACUCCCGUACCAGUCAGCCCACAGCCCAUCAGCAGCAACUUUCCUUCCAUUAAUCCAUCACCUGACAGACAAAAGAUAAAGGUUGGAAUGACAGAUGGUUCACUGGAAGAAAGUGAAGCAAAGGUGGAGAUGGAGAAGGGGAUGGAGAUAGAGAUGGAGGGAAUGACUGAGAGAGGAGGACACGUAGAGAAUUAUUGUGGUAAUAAUGAUGACGAAGAGAAAGAGGAGGAGGAGGAGGAAGAGGAGGAGGAGGAGGAAGAAGAGGAGGAGGAGGACCAAACUGACCCAAAAAGUUUGUCUUUAUCAGAGGAGAAUAAACGUUCUCCACGUGUCAAAACCACACCGCGCCGUCGUCGGACGAACACAAACCCCUCUGCCGAGCAUGCUGGUUUAGCUGAGGAUGACUCUGAUUCUGACGAGGUGCCUGAAGUGCUGCUCCAGACUGCUGCUGCCAUGGCUAAUAGUGAGGAAGAGGGUUUGGUAGGUAGCAGUUGGGAUGGGGACGAGGUAAACCAGCAUGUCAGAAAGCAGCGGCUCUUUGGGCUGGUGAAAACCACACCUCCCGACAGAGGCUCUCGUAAGCGAAAUCUCAAAGAGAGAUCUUCAUCGUCCUCGUCAUCCUCUUCUGCGUCUUCAAGGAGGGGCUCCCAAGACCAGGGGUCUACAGUCAGAAUGACCAGAGGAAGAGCCCACAAAGUUGCCAGGAUGACGGGACAGAGCGGGAGUUCAUCAAGUGAGGUGGGAGGACCGGAACUGGAGAGUGGUCCGAGCAGCGACUCCGACGAUCAGAGGAUCAAACCGCUGACAGAGGGCGUCACAUUGCUGGGCUCUGGAAAUUUCCAGCAGUCUUCCGGUGAUGAGAUGGACAUCCAGCCAGGUCCGUCUUUGCCUGUGGAGGACGAUGAUUUAGAAAAUAGAAUUGCGAGGCAGAUUCUGCUGGCUCAGAUCAAAGCUAACCUCUCCUCUGAUUCUGAGCUGGAGGCCAGCACUGAUGAGCAAUCAGAGAGCACGAAAGGAGAGGAGGUGGUGAAGAAGAGCAAGAGCGAAUCAUCUGAGACAACAGACGAUGACGACAAUUAUGGCUCAGAAUCCAGUGGGUCAAAGCCAGGGUCACGGCACCGCCACCGAUUGCUGCGACAUGGUCUAACUUUAUCAGAGGCCGAAGCAAAAAGUCAAAAGCAAGGGGGGGAGAAGAAGAAAAGAGAAAGGGAAGUCCAAGAUUUAGGAUGCGUUAUUGUGAGCAGUGAUGAAACAAGUGACUCUGACCUAUGUGAGGAACUCAGCCUUUCAGAGUCUGAGGAAAUAGGGUCCCAGUCACCUACUCUUAAUGAGAAGCUUCAGAGUCCAUCACGCACACCUGACAAGACCACCGCUGCUGAUGAUGAUGUGUCUCUAACCACAGAGGAAUGUUUGAGGGGCACCCCUCGAGGGAGGAGGCAGAUCAGACGGCUUCUAGAGGUCGGUCAGCUGGCCCGAGAGACACAGAGUGCUCUGAAAGAAGAGGAGGAGCGCAGGAGGAGAUUAGCAGAGAGAGAAAAACAAAGACUGGACAUUGAGAGGAGAGAACGGGAAGAUGCAGACUCAGAGGUCAUCUUAGUUUCUGAGAGACAGGCCACACCAUUGGUUCUUGAGCAAGAUGAUGUAACGCAUAAGCCUAUAGUGCAAGUGCACAUGGGCUUUCUGAACAAACUUAAACCACAUCAGCGAGAGGGUGUGCGGUUCAUGUGGGACUGCUGUUGUGAGUCUGUUCAGAAUGUGAAGUCAUCUCCGGGCUCCGGCUGUAUUCUGGCCCAUUGCAUGGGCCUGGGCAAGACCUUUCAGGUCAUUGUGUUCCUUCACACGGUGCUGUUAUGUAAGGAGUUGCCACUGAAAAGGGCUCUGGUGGUGUGUCCUCUCAACACGGUGCUGAACUGGAGGAGUGAGUUUGACCAGUGGCAGAGGGGCUUAAGACCACACAGACUGAGGGUGGCAGAGCUGGCCACGGUGAAGUCUGUGGCUGUUCGCGUUGAGCUGUUGAAUGACUGGUUUACGAAUGGUGGCGUGAUGAUCAUGGGUUAUGAGGUUUUUCGUAUUCUGACGCACACGGAUAGCUCAAAAUACAGCAAACACAAAGAAAGCUUCCGCUCAAUUCUCCUGGAUCCAGGCCCUGAUCUGGUGGUGUGUGACGAGGGUCAUGUCCUUAGGAACGCAGACUCCAGCAUCUCAAAAGCCAUGCGAGCUCUACGUACACGUAGGAGAAUCAUUUUGACAGGAACACCGCUUCAAAACAACCUUACUGAGUAUCACUGCAUGGUAAACUUCAUUAAAGAGAACCUGCUGGGUUCUCUAAAGGAGUUCCGAAACCGUUUUAUUAAUCCAAUCCAGAACGGCCAGUGCGCAGACUCCACCCCUGCUGACGUCAGGCUGAUGAAGAAUAGAUCGCACGUCCUCCAUCAGAUGAUGUCAGGAUUCAUACAGAGGCGGGACUACUUAGUUUUGAUGUCCUGUUUGCCACCCAAGCGCGAGUAUGUGCUGUCAGUCAGGAUGACACCUCUGCAGUGUCGAUUAUACACACACUAUCUGCAGACCUACACAGGGAAAGGAGCAGGUGUGAACAGUUUGUUUCAGGAUCUUCACGUUCUGAGUUUGAUUUGGACUCAUCCCUGGUGUCUUAAACUUGCUCAGCUGAGCAGGAAUAAGGGAAAAGAGCAAGAGCCUGCUUCUGUCCUCACAGGGCUGGAUGCAGGUUUGGUGCGAGAUUCCGUAAAGCCAAAUGGCUCUGAACUGAGAGACACAAAUGUCACAGGUUUAGUGGGUAAUGGAGAGGGAAAUACAGAUCCAGUCCCCUUGCUCAAUCAAAAACCAGAUGUCACAAACACAGCCACAACAGAAAUUCCUGGUGGGGAAGCUGGAUUUAUGGGUAAUGGACCAUCUGCGGACUGGUAUCUGCCGUUUGUAACAGCAGCUGAUGCCAAAGUUCUGGAGCAUUCUGGGAAAUUACAGUUGCUACUGGAGAUUUUACACUGGGCAGAGGAACUACAAGACAAAGUGUUGGUGUUCAGUCAAUCUUUGAUAUCACUAGAUCUUAUUGAGAGUUUCCUCCUAUAUGCAGAUGAGACCAGGGGGAAGGAAUGUUGUCCAUACAAAGGAAAGAAAUCGUGGGUAAGAAAUAAAGAUUAUUAUCGUUUGGACGGCAACACUAGUGCUUGUGCUCGCAAGAGAUGGGCUCAAGAGUUUAACAACACUAAAAACAUAAGAGGGAGGUUGUUUCUGAUCUCCACUCGUGCGGGGUCUCUGGGAAUCAAUCUGGUCGCUGCAAACCGAGUUGUGGUGUUUGACGCUUGCUGGAAUCCGUCAUAUGACAUCCAGAGCAUCUUCAGAGUCUAUCGCUUUGGGCAGAAAAAAACUGUAGCUGUGUACCGUUUUCUGGCCCAGGGGACGAUGGAACAGAACAUUUAUGAGCGGCAGGUUGCUAAGCAGUCUCUGUCCUCCCGUGUUCUGGACCAGCAGCAGAUUCAGAGACACUUCACACACAGUCAGCUGAAUGAGCUGUACCGCUUCCAGCCAGACCUACGGCCCAGUAAACACACAGAAACACCUGCGGAUGAGGUGUUAGUCCGGCUGCUGCAGAGCUGUGGGCAGCUCAUAGUAAGUUAUCAUGAGCACAACUCGUUGUUAGACCACCGGGAGGAAGAGGAGCUGAGCGAGGAAGAGCGCAGAGCAGCCUGGGAUGAAUACCGUGCAGAAAAAAAGGCCGCUGUACAGAUCUCCAAUGAAGCCGCCGCCAGAAUCGCCAACCGGGACCUACAGCUCAGUCAUACUCAGCAGGCUGUGGCGCUUCAAAAUUUCAGCUAUACAACCAAGAACACUCCUCCAACUUCACUUUCUGUCAAACAAGGCAAUGCCCAACAUUCUGCUGCUCAACUCAACUCUGCCGCCUUGCAGCUGACGCAACCCAAAGUGAUUUACUCAGUUUCAAAAACAAAAACAUAGCCUGAUCCCCCUCUCAUGUCCUCUGAAAACAGUUUGUGUUGGACUUGCUGUAAAUAUCGCCGUGUUUGGCAGUAUGAAUGUAGUAUUAACAUCAGAGCACUAAAGGGACUCACGAGACAACACUCCGACAGACGUAUGAUUAGAGACCUCAAAGCAGCUAUUCUGUUGUCAAUAACUUGAAUUAUAAAGCAGCACUAGUUCCUUACUGUACUAAAUGGUGCAUCCAAGACAUUCUGCUUUUCUAACUACCUCAACACCAGCAUGAGUAUGCAGAAAAGUAUCCGGCACAUGUAUAUCCUUUUGGACAGAAUGGGGUUCACAAGCCGGUACACAAAAAGACUGUUGCCAGUGUCUUUGCUAACACCUUUUAUGUUUAAAUAUUAAAAAUAUAGAAUAAUUUAGUUUUCAAAAGGUCUUAAACGUCCAAAGCUCAAUGGACUGUGUUAUGACACGUGAGCAUUGUUCUCUGUUCAAAUACUUUGUAGAUGUACUUAGAUAAUAGAAAUAAAGACACACUUGCUUGAUAGAAAAAAAAA